CCGUUGGAUAAAUAUCCAACGAGUCACAAUUCAGUACUGCGACAAAUGCACGAAAACAUUAGUGCAGAGAUCACAAUCCAUCUGAACCCUUGUGAUAUGAAGGGGCAAGAGAAAUCGAAAAGGCGAGGUUAAUUCCCCGUUUAUCCAUUUGAUUUGAUAAACAUUGGGUAUGAGUUUUGGUUCCAUUCCGAUGAUAAGAAGACGUUCGAUAACUGCAAUUGCUUGAUUACUGUGAAAAGGAGAGAAGGAAACCAUUUUCAAUCGAUCAAUCUCCAGAUUGCGUGUGGAUUUUGGUUUUGGUGUUGUAGCCAUUACAUUAGCCAUGUCCACUACCAUAUCUUCCCUCCCCUUUUCUCUCCCUAUCCGCCACAAUUCUAGGGUUUCUCGUUUCAAUCCAAUCUCUUCUCGCAUUAAAUUCCAAUCACUCACCUUUUCUACUAACAAACGGAGAGUGUUGUGUUUUAGGCAUGAAAACAUUCCAUCGGAAACUAAUGGCUCUGAGUUCAAAGAAGAUAAAUUGUCAGAAGAUUUGGUCAAGUUUAAAGGGGACCACUCCAAACACCUGAAAAAAGAUUGGCUUGCUUCUCUCCAUACGAUCAUAAAUACUGUUCUUGAUGUGGAACCUUGGAAAGUUCCUUGGACAGCAAAGACCAUUAUUCAGGUUAUGCUCCUCUGGAUUGCCUCAUUCUGGUUGGUAGGAUCUUGGAUAGUUCCAUUUUUAGCUUACGUAGCAGGGUUUAGAAAGGAUUCACUUUCAUACAGAGGACAAGCAUUGUACAGCCUCUUGACAGACGUCGCCGAAGGUGUGGUUGGCAUAGCAAUACUUCAUCGCUGUCUUGCAAAGUUUAAACCACUGUCGUCCGACUGGUUCAAGUUUGAACUCAAAGGGAAGUGGCAGUUUGAUGUCGGUUUCGGUUGCCUGAUGUUCCCCCUCAUCAAUCAUCUAUCACAAAUGAACCUGAAUUUGUUGCCUGUCCUUCAGUAUGCUCCAGUUACGGUCUCGAGUGUAGAGCAAUCCAUUGUAGCACGAGACCCUGUGGCAAUGGCACUCUAUGCAGUGGUAGUUUCAGUUUGUGCCCCAAUAUGGGAGGAGGUUGUCUUCCGUGGUUUCCUUCUCCCAUCUUUAACCAAGUACAUGCCUGUGUGGAGUGCAGUAAUAGUUAGCUCAGUAGCAUUUGCCUUGGCACAUUUUAACAUUCAGAGGAUGCUGCCACUUGUAUUUCUUGGUAUGGUCAUGGGUGCUGUCUUUGUACGGUCUAGGAACCUCUUGCCGUCAAUGUUGUUGCAUAGUUUGUGGAAUGCUUUUGUAUUUAUGGAUCUCAUGAAAUAAAAUAUAUUUUUUACUCUUUUCUUUA